AUGGCCACCAAAAGCGUAAAGCUGGGCGACAAGAGGAAAAGUUCCUCGUCCGACAAGCCCCCCAAGUCGGAGAAGCCUGCAAAAAAGGCGCGGUCGGACAAGGAGACUUUGGCACCGGCCAAGCAGCGAAUUGCAUCAAGCAGAAAGGCCUUUGAGGCCGAGGGCGACUUGUCGGAUGAGGAUGACUUUGACGGUGUGUCAUCGGAGGACGAGGAGGAAGGUGGUGCCGAUUUGAAGUCGGAAGAUGACCACAAGCACAAGAAGCCCAAGCUGAGCUCAGGGACUUCUGACGGCAAAACGUUUGAACGCGGUCAAACAUCGAGAGAAUCACAUGCGCUCCAGAAGCAACUCGCUCAAGAGCGCAAGGCCGCCAAGCCCCUUGCCGACGAACUCGCCCGCACCAAGAAGCUCUGGGAGCGCCUGCGACGCAAAUCACACGUGCCCAAGGAGGAGCGCCAAGGCCUCGUCGAUGAGCUCUUCACCAUCGUCACCGGGCGCAUCAGGGACUUUGUUCUCAAGCACGAUGCCGUGCGCGCCGUGCAGACGGCCAUCAAGUACGCCACCAUGGCCCAGCGGAGAGAGAUUGCGCAGGAGCUUAAGGGGACUUUUGCACAGCUGGCCGAGAGUAGGUACGCCAAGUUCCUCAUCGGAAAGCUGCUCGGUCACCAGGACGACGAGGUUCGGGAUCUCAUCGUCCCCGAGUUCUACGGCAAGGUCAAGAAGCUCAUCAACCACCCCGAGGCGUCGUGGAUUCUCGACGAUAUAUAUCGAGGUGUGGCCACGAAGGAGCAGAAGGAUAUCCUUCUGAGGGAAUGGUAUGGCACCGAGUUUGCUCUGUUCAAGCCUGAAAACGGAGAGACGGUCACGGCAGAUCUGCCAAAGAUCUUGAAGAACGAGCCGAGCAAGAGAGGGCCGAUCCUCAAGUACCUCUUUGGUAUGAUCAACAAUCUGAUCCAGAAGCAGAUGACUGGUUUUACCAUGCUGCACGACGCCAUGCUACAGUACUUCCUCUGCGUCCCGUCCGACACGGAGGAGCACAAGGAGUUUGUGGAGAUUAUCAAAGCGGACGACAACGGUGAUUUGCUCAAGAACUUGGCAUUUACCAGGUCUGGAGCCAGGCUUGUAUGUCUACUUCUGGCAUACGGCGGUGCCAAGGACAGGAAACAGAUCCUCAAGACCUACAAGGACACCUUUGAGCUCAUGUGCGGCGACAGGAACGCUCACGCCGUCAUAUUAACCGCCUUUGACGUUAUCGACGAUACCGUCUUGACGACCAAAUCCAUACUCCCCGAGAUACUGGGCAAGAGUGAGGACAAAGAGGCAGAAAACGUGUUUUUCUGCGUCAACAACCCAAAUGCCAGGAUUGUGCUCCGUUACCCAUUCGAAGGCACUUCCAAGUCGCUGUUCCCCCCAAGUCACUGGUCAGAUCUCGGUCUGUUGAAGGAGGUACACGGUAUUCGCAAAAACACCUCCAAGAAGGACCCGGAAGUCCGUCGCAAGGAGAUCGUUGCGGCAAUGUCUCCUGCUCUUUUGAGGGUCAUUGCCUCGUCUGCAAAAGACCUCAUGUCCACAUCGUUUGGAUGCCAAAUGAUCACCGAGGUUCUUUUAUCUGCCGUUGGUGACAAGACUGAGGCGCUUAAUGCGGUGGCGGCGACGGCGGAAGGUGACCCCAACCAAGAACCCGAGGAGAACCCUGACAGCCUCGCCCCGCCGAGGCCACACCCCGCGCGUGACCCAUUUGCCGCCAGGAUGUACAAGACUCUGGUGUCGGGUGGUCACUACGACAAGGCCUCUGGAAAGGUCAAGGCCGCGGACCCACCUCUGAACUUUGCCAACACGCUAUACGACGUUAUCAAGAGCCAUAUAGUGGCGUGGGCGACGGGACCCGGGUCAUUUGUGCCCGUGGGUCUGUUGGAGGCUGAGGAUUUUGAGCCGCGCAAGGCGGAGCUGGUCAAGACGCUCAAGAAGAACAAGAAGCUUCUGGAGAAGGCUUCAAUAGAAGAGACGGCCGAGCAAAAGGCCAAGAGGGAAGCGUUGGCUGCAGUGGAUUCGGAGGAGGGCCAGGAGGUGGACAAGGCAGCGGCCAGGAAAGGGAGGAAGGACAAGAGGAAGGGCGCCAAAAAGGAAUUGCUUGUCGGGAAUGCGGGUGCCAAGAUUUUGCUUGAGAAGCUCUAA